AUGAGCUACUGAAUUUCUGUAGAAAGGAAGACAUAUUACUUCAGGCAUACUCAUCCUUGGGUGGAACAGACAACAGGGAUUUAUUAGAUGACCCCCAGGUCAAGAAAAUUGCAGAAAAGUUGGGAAAAACUCCCGCUCAGGUUUUGCUACGUUGGUCUCUCCAACAGAACAUUGCCAUCAUUCCAAAAGCUCGAUCCAAAAAAUAUAUCGAACAAAACAUUGACCUCAACUUCAGUAUUCCUGAUUCUGAUAUGGGUAUCUUGAACAAUUUCAAUCGAACGCAAUAUGCCUGGAAUCCAGAUACCAUAGCCUGAUUUGCAACAUUCUUAUUGUACAUAAAACUACAUAAAACUAAUUUACUGUUUAAGUUUCACUAACAGAUUCUUUAAUAUUUUUAUACUCAUGCCAUGGAGAAUAGUAAGGAUUUUUAUGAUAAAAUAGCAGAACUCUGCCUUGAUAAAUUCAAGGCACUACCUAAGUCUGGAAAACCAAACCUCGCAGAAUGGACAGUAUUAUCUUGCAUUGUGAUGGAAUUGAAAGGUGAUUUGAGUGUCGUAGCGUUAGGCACUGGAUCAAAAUGUAUAGGAAAAACGAAAAUGUCAGAUACUGGAGGUGUUUUGAAUGAUUCACAUGCAGAAGUAAUCUGUCGCCGAUCAUUCCUGCGCUUUAUCUAUUAUCAAAUGAAAAUUGACAGUUCCCUUCUACAUUUUAAUGAAGAUACUAAGAAGUUUGCUAUGAACUGUAAUGCCCAAUUUCACUUUUUUACCACUCAAGUUCCUUGUGGAGAUGCAGCCAUUUUUCCAAAACAGAAAACUGAAGAUAUUGGUGAUGUCAUGGAAGAGGGAGUGCCCUCCAAAAAAAGGAAGAGACAUGAUGAUGAUGAUGACUUAUUCAGAACAGGUGCAAAAUGUUUGGAAGAUAGUCAGCUUAGAGAUAUGAAACUGCCUGGAACCGGAUAUCAUAUUUUAGGUGCUGUGAGAACAAAACCAGGUAGAGGAGAUCCUACUCUUUCUGUUUCAUGCAGCGAUAAACUUUCAAGAUGGUGUCAUCUUGGAAUACAAGGAGCUCUCCUUUCUCUUCUAUUGGAAAGGCCUAUUUAUCUCUCCAGUUUCAUCAUUACAUCCAACACACCAUUUUCUGAGACAUCUCUAGAGCGUGCCCUGUAUGGUAGAGUUGGCAAUAUUUCGCUGAAUUAUCCAUAUCUUCAGCACAAAAUGAAUGUCUUCCGGUGUUCUAAGGAGUUUGAAUUCAGUAAAACUGAUGGCAAACAGGCUAGCCCUACUAGCAUAUCUUGGUGUGAUGUUAAUGAAAAAAGCUUGGAAGUGGCAGUUGAUGGAAGACGACAAGGGAUCACAAAGAAGAAAGCAAACACAGAGAUGGCAUACCUGAGAAUUUGCAAGCUGGAACUGUUCAAAAAUUUCCUAAUCGUUUGUGAAACAAAAAAUAUUAUGUUGAAAACGGGCUGUGAUAAUUACUCCUUAACUUACGAAAGUGUUAAAAAUUUUGCUGAGCAAUAUCAGAAGUCAUGGAAUAUGUUGAGAAAAAGUUUUGAAAUAUGGACUUGUAAAGAUAAAAACCUUAACAAAUUCUCCAUUAAAUGAAAUUACUUACCUAA